UGGUGGGAGAUUACUCACUUUUGUUUUGAUGGUUAAAUGCUGGCCAAAAAACACAAAAAUUGCUGGUCCCCUAGACUUUUCCUUCCUCUAAAAUAAUUAAAAAUCAUUUUUCAAUAUCAUAAUGAAACUUUUUACUUAUAUAAAUCCUAAAACCAAUCACUAAACUAUCACUUUACAAGAUUAGCAAUCCUUGAAAACCAUCAAAACAAAAUCUUCAACUUUCAAUUGCCUUCAAGGAAAUGAAGCAACCUUUGUUCUCCACCACACUUCUCAUCCUCUUCACCUCCUUCUACUCAACCACCACAUUAGCACAACCAAUUGCAUUAUCACCCUCAAAAUCAUCAGAUUCCUCUGACUCUUCUUCCACUGAUGACAUGAUCAAGAUUCUAAGGAAGGCGAAAUCAUUUAAUGUCCUAAUCCGGUUACUCAAAACCACACAACUCAUCAACCAAAUCAAUUCACAGCUCAUCGCCACAAACAAUGGUUAUGGUGGCCUAACAAUCUUUGCACCAGAUGAUGCUAGCUUCUCACAACUCAAACCAGGCCUCCUCAACUCUCUUGGUGAUAACCAGAAGAUGGAACUCCUACAGUUCCAUCUUCUUCCGGUUUACAUCUCAAGCUCAAACUUCGAUUCUCUAACCAAUCCUGUGAGGACACUAGCCGGUGAAAGCUCCGAAAGGCUGCAACUAAAUGUGACUGCAUUUGGAAACAGUGUGAACAUUUCAACUGGUGUGGUUAAUGCAACAGUGAAUGGAAUUGUGUACUAGGAUAAGCAGCUUGCAAUAUAUCAUGUAGACAAGGUACUUCUUCCAUUGAAUUUUUUCAAGCCUAAGCCACCGGCUCCUGCUCCUUCUCCUGCAAUUGCGCCAAAAACUAAUAACUCAACCAUAGACGAUGAAAAUGAUCUUGGAACUUCUAAGCACAGCUCUGGAGCAAUCCAUUUGGUGAUAAGCACUCAAGGAACAAAAUUGGUGUCAUUUGGAGUUGCUUUAGUUGUUGCAUUUGUAACCAUUUCAAAAUGAAGGAGAGAGGAUCCAUUUGCCAGCAGCUAAAUAUGUUGGUUUUUUGUUCUUUUUAUAUUAUUUAAUGUAUUUAUUGUUGUAGCAUGAUUGCAUGAGCGUUGUUUGAGAGAGAUGUAUGUGAAGGUUGUAUACAUGUUUUUCCUUUGAUAUGAUGAAAAUUAUUGUUUUGCUUGAUUCUCA